AAAGCUUGUCUAACGUUAGUAUGUCUUCUAUAUUCAGACUCGGAGCCAGGACCGUUGGCGGGUCUGUUUUCAGAACCUUCACACAAUCGUCAUACCGUGCAGCUGCACCUUUGGCUGUGCGGUUCAAGCUGUCGCCCGCAGCCACCACCCCUUCCUUAACGGCCCAAAUCUUCCCCAUGGACAAAGAUACCAUCACCGAAAAGGAUGUGGACGAGUGGAUUCAGUCGCUUCAGAGAUUGAAGAACGGCCACACCCCCGAUAAUGCAACGGAGAUCUAUAUCGACGAGUUAACCCGUCCGGAAGAGUACUUGAAACAACAAUUUGAGGCUAGUGAACAACAACUACAAGAACAACAGACAUUUGAAACCGCUCGGAUUCCUCUUGCCAGUAUUCCUGUUGUCGACAAUGUGGUUAACUUGAUCAUGAGAAACGGGAAAAAGUCCCAGGCCAGAAAAAUCGUUGCUAGAGCAUUGUAUCUUAUUUACUUGAAGAUGAGAGUAGAUCCGGUGAUAGUGUUGGAAGAAACCUUGGAAAAACUAGGUCCCUUGACAAAUACCAAAGUGGUCAAGACGGGACAUGCCAAAAACAUCAUCAGACCAUAUCCGUUGAACGAGAGACAAAGACGCAGAUAUGCCAUUCUUUGGAUUUUGGAUGGGGCUGCUAAGAAGAAGUCCUCUGACUACUCGGUGAGGUUGGCCGAAGAAAUCAUGUCGGCACACGCAGGUAAGUCUUCUGGAUAUGAAAAGAAGGCCCUGAUGCAUAAGGUGUCGAUCGCCCAAAGAGCAUAUAUAAACAUUUAAUGGCGCUUGUACUUGUAUAUAUUAACAGUAACAAAUUUUCAUUUGUACUCUUGGCUGCGAAUUG